AUGGUCAACUCCUGUUGUGGCUCUGUGUGUUCUGAGGGCUGUGGCCAAGACCUCUGCCAGGAGUCCUGCUGCAGGCCCAGCUGCUGUCAGACCACCUGCUGCAGGACCACCUGCUGCCGCCCCAGCUGCUGUGUGUCCAGCUGCUGCAGGCCCCAGUGCUGCCAGUCUGUGUCCUGCCAGCCCACCUGCUGCCGCCCCAGCUGCUGUCAGACCACCUGCUGCAGGACCACCUGCUGCCGCCCCAGCUGCUGUGUGUCCAGCUGCUGCAGGCCCCAGUGUUGCCAGUCUGUGUGCUGCCAGCCCACCUGCUGCAGCCCCAGCUGCUGUCAGACCACCUGCUGCAGGACCACCUGCUGCCGCCCCAGCUGCUGUGUGUCCAGCUGCUGCAGGCCCCACUGCUGUCAGACCACCUGCUGCAGGACCACCUGCUGCCGCCCCAGCUGCUGUGUGUCCAGCUGCUGCCGCCCAGCUGCUCCCACUUGCUGCCGCCCCUCUUGCUGUGAAUCCAGCUGCUGCCGCCCCUGCUGCUGCCUGCGUCAGUCUGUGGCCGGAGUCUCCUGCCACACCACUUGCCUGCUCGCCCAACCUGUCAUCUCCACCUGCCCCCGCCCCCUUGUGCUGCACCUCCUCUUGCCCCUUGUGCUGCACCUCCUCUUGCUGCUGAGCCCCCUGCCCUGGCUCACCUUCCCCCUCACUGCUGGCCCACAGAUGUAA